CCGCCAGGGUACAUAUUUGUCCAGUUCGUGGAUAAGUCCCAAGGCAGUUCGCUCAUUCACGAAGAUGAGCUCCAGAUCAUUGACAGAACAUGGCACAUUGGUCAGAUCGUCAAACGCCGAGCGGAAGAUGCCAUGUGUGGCAGGGUUUUGAGUACCCAGACCAAAUGCACCGUAGAACCUGUCGUGUAUCGCACCACCAAUCCACUUACAGGGGAGCAUGGCCCACUGAACUUCACAGACAUACCGAAUUAUUUGAGCUCUAGGAACAAACCAGCGCAGGACUCACACCCUACCUUGCUACAUGAUGUUCUUGCAUCGGACCUCCAGCCUGACGAACCAUUUGCCUGGGGGGACUAUUUCAUCUACCAGCAGAAAUGCGGAGUGAUCGUGCAGGUAGAUCGAGACCCUGUGUUUCUCACGAAACAGAACGAGGUCGUCACUCUGUACGAUCCCCUGAACAUCAAAUUUCCAGUACAUGUACAUCCCGACCGGCUCGUCUCGCAGCACGCCGAUGAAGAGACCAGUGAUCUAUCCAAUUACGCUGGAGCUGAGCCGGGUGAAAGUUUGCGACUUCGACCCUAUGCUGGAUGUUCUGCAUGGGUCGGUGCUGCCAACAUGUGUGAAGUCUAUGGUGCUCGGAUCAAAGAUCCAACAGGUGGACGUCAGCAUGUCCACACCUUAGCCAUACGCGCUUCCCAUUAUCAUGUGAGGUGGAUAAUACCCAAUGUGUUUGGCAUAGGUGUAGACAAAGACACCGCCACUGGGGUACCAGUGAAAAUUCGGUCGUCUUUGUUCCGAAAAUUCGCGGUCAAAUGCGACUUCAGCCAGCGUCCGACAAACAAGCCCUGUGAGGAUGAGCUCCAGCUGGAUUCUGAGCGCUCGAUAAGAUUGGGACGUAUAGUGUGCUUUCGCGACACGGUGAAUACUGCUGCAAAAUACCCGACUUAUCAGCCUAUCCCAGCUGAGGAGUCCUAUGGGUAUAACCUGAAUGUGUUUCGUGUUGUGUCAACGGAGUCUAAUACCACUGUUCAGUGGCAAGAUGGGACUACCACUAGAGAGCAUUCGAUCUCUUUGCAUGUUCAUCGACCUUAUCCCCGAGCCGAAUUUUUUCCUGGAGAUAUUGCUGUUCUGGAGAAAUCGGUCCAGAAGCUACCAUUAUCGACUAGAGCCGAUCUUGGAUGCCCAAUAUGCGUAUCAUUUCGUUCCCAAGAAGUGGGCGUGGUUCAAGCAGUGGACAGUCGCGAGCGGGUAGCAUUUAUUCGAUGGUACGAGAACCCAGCAGCCGAGUUCCUGUUGGGCGCAUGCUGGUUAAAUCACGAACAUACUCGUCUGGGUAGCCUGAGCGACAAGACCACCCCAGCAUCGCUCUAUGAGCUCGCCCACUGUCCUGCCCUGCGCAGGCCACCAGGAAGGCUUGUAGGCCUUGUUCCAAACAUGGUGCACGCCUCAGUUCUACGGGACAGCUCUGCAGCUAGCGACGAUGCUGAUCAUUCGAGCCACCGGGUCUCCACUCACUUUGAGGCUACGAAGUGGUAUCUCGACAAAUCGAAAAGAGAUAUCGUCCGCACUGAAUGGUUCAAGGACAUGAUUGCAGUUGACGAUUCUCCGGCCCCUACACGUCUAAGCAUUCACUAUGAGGAUUACCGUGCCAGGUUACUUGCGAACUUCGUUGGAAUGAUAAUGAAAGGAAACCCCGACGGCACUGUUGCGGUGCGAAUGACUCACAGCAAUUCCUGCGUGGAUAUCGAACUGCCGAUGGAGAGAAUCAUGAUUUCCAAUCCAGGGAAAUGCGACUUGCGUUACAUGAGUACCCCUGUAUCGUCUUCGGACGACGAGUCAGAAUCCCCCGAGACGAAUGAUGAAGCCGAUCAUCUUGAUCCCGCAGAAGAUGAUGCAGAUGGUCGCGGUGCCUCUCAUGUGGAGGAGCUAGAUCUUCCACACACUUCGCACAAAGCACUGGAAGACAGCCAGGAACCCCUUUGCCAUCAUGUCACUAUGGCAGAUGCUGAAGGAGAGAGGAAGAUGACUGGAACAGGUUCCCGCUCCUCGAGACCUUUAGCAUUCCUGGUAUUGGAUGGGUCCCCUCCCGCUGAUCAUCGAUUCUUCUCAAGUGAGAACACGGAGACUUCAGGUCCAAACAUCAAGCGCAUUCACAAGGAAUGGAAGAUCCUUGGCACCUCUCUUCCUGAUGGCAUUUAUGUUCGCUCCUGGGAGUCGCGCAUGGACCUCAUCAGGGCUUUGGUCAUUGGGCCUGCAGGCACUCCAUACGAGUAUGCGCCAUUUGUAAUCGACUUUCAGCUCACGAACGACUUCCCGAACAAGCCUCCUGUUGCCUUCUUUCACUACUGGAAUCUCACAGAGGAGGAAAUCAAUCCCAACCUCCACCUGAAUGGCCAUGUUUGCCUUAGUCUACUAGGAACAUGGCCUGCACAGAAUCCAGAUGAAUCCUGGUCUCCCAGAAAGUCAUCGAUUCUUCAGAUCCUGGUCUCAAUCAUGGGAUUAGUAUUGGUCCAGCGUCCAUUCUACAAUGAGCCUGGCUUCGAACGCUUGGCUAUGGACGACGACGAGCGCGUCGAGUCCAUCCAGUAUACAGAAAGGGUAUUCAUUCUGACACGAAAGUUCAUUCUACGUGCUCUGGAACGCGGGGUGUCAGGCUUCGACGACGUGCUAGUUUGGUUAUACUUGCCGGCUCUCGCGGCUGCGGAUGAGAUGAAUCGGCCUGACCUGCUCCGCAAAGUUAUAGCUGAUGCCAGAAGUAUGAUUAAGCAUCAAGCUUGCACCGCAGAGCCAGACGCACAUCGUGAGAAGGCCUCUGCAUACCUUUCGCGACUCAGCCUGGGGGCAGCGCUUAUGCUGGAUAAGUAUGUUUCAGACCUGCUGAUUGUCCAGACGACUACAUGUGAUUUAUGGUGA